CUGAGUCCUAUUGUUAUGGCAAGUGGAGCCGGUCCAGGGCCAUGCGGUACUGCAGCGCGUGAACAGUACCGGUAAUAAAGGAUUAGUUGGGUUUGUUAGGAAGGAGAUAAGUUAGAUUGAUUCGGUUAGGAUAUUGCUUAGGGGUCAAGUCAGUUGUCUCUAUAAAAGAGAUUAUCAUGUAUCAGUUAGAGGAAGCAAGAAGAACCCUAAAAGUAGUCAGAGCCUCCAAGGGAGGGCGACGAAUAGGUUCUUCGUGCUAUCCCUAGAUCUACCAUAUCAAUUUGGUAUCAGCCUUCUGAUCCUGCCGCCUACCACCACAUUCACCACCGCCACCGCCUUCUUCUGUUCCUGCGACCACCAAGGCCGCCCAAUCCCACCCAUCGCUCCGGUUUGAUCUGGCAUGGCCCUCGCCACGCUUCAUCGUAUGGACACCACCCUUGAUUCAAUCUCCGAGAGGUUGGAUCGCAUGAUGCAGCUGAUAAAGGAGAUGACCAUGGGGAUAGAUGCAUCCAUGGCUUCGCCGCCAAUUCCUGCAUCACCGACGCCGCCUGCUGACCUGCAGGCUCCAUCUACUCCAUCCCGGCAGGCGACGCCAGCGAUCUUCGCGCCAUCGACGCCGACACCAGCUGCGCCACCCACCGUCAUCGAUCCGCUCGUGGGAGGGGAACAACAGCCCCUGCUCCGCCUGUCGAGGCCACCCUCAUCGGUGCGGAUCCUCGCCGGCGGCGUUUCCGCCCGUCGCGGAUCCCGUUGCCCCGCCCGUCGCGGUGCAGUCCGCGCUCCUCGGGCCGUCCGUCGCGGCGUCCGUCAUCCGUCACGGCGGAUCCAUCCCCGCCUGUCGCGCCCCCAUCCGCGGCGGUCCGCGUCCAUCCGCGCCCGUCGCGCGCCUUGCGCGUACCUCCGUCCGUGGCCGCCCGCACGCCGUCCACGCGCGCCUCCGCUUGUCCGCGGCCGCCCGCGCGUCCGCACGCGCCUCCGCCCAUCCGCGGUCGUUCGUCCACCUGCUGCCGCCUGUCGGCGGCUCUUCAUCGCCCAUCGCAGCCUGUUGUCAUGGCUCUCCGCCACCUCGUCCGCUCAUUUCCCUACUUCUACGGUUGGGAUUGGAGCAGCAGAGGUCCGCCGUCUAUGCCGCACCCCGCGGCCAAGACUCCCUUGUCCGCGCCACGCGCGGUCUCAUCUGUACCGGCAAGCAGGUCCUCGUCGCCGGUUGAUGCGAGGUCGUCACAAAUGCCACUGGCCACCACCAGCACCGUCAUUGUCUCCACCGACGGCUUCGCCAACAACUCCUGCAGCAACCUCGGUGGCAUUCGAGUGCCCAGCGCCGCUGGCCAUGUCUGCAUCCACAACCAUGGACUUGCUCGGUCUACUCGACGGUCUACUCGCUGCUGGCUCAGUGGUGGCUCCACCAAGCACUUUCUCUGCAUUGGCGUUCCAGCUCGAGCUCGGCGUUCUCACAGACAUCAUCGCCAAGAACGUCACCGUCAACAAUUUUCCAUCAACAUCUGCAGCCAUGUUCACCCACCACAGCUCGAGGACGAGCUGUCUUGGAAGGGUGGAGUAGUGUUAUGGCAAGUGGAGCCGGUCCAGGGCCAUGCGGUACUGCAGCGCGUGAACAGUACCGGUAAUAAAGGAUUAGUUGGGUUUGUUAGGAAGGAGAUAAGUUAGAUUGAUUCGGUUAGGAUAUUGCUUAGGGGUCAAGUCAGUUGUCUCUAUAAAAGAGAUUAUCAUGUAUCAGUUAGAGGAAGCAAGAAGAACCCUAAAAGUAGUCAGAGCCUCCAAGGGAGGGCGACGAAUAGGUUCUUCGUGCUAUCCCUAGAUCCUUG